GCUGCAGGCAGGCAGGGUGACACACUUUCCUGCUUCACCUCACCGCCUGCCACAUGCAGCUGGAUCGGCUCUCGGCUCGCUGACGGCCGCAUGCUGCUCCACCGCCGGGCUGAGAGAAGCGCUGGGAAACUGCAGGAACCCUGAGAGCUCCAGCUUCCAGCGAGGAAUCAGAAAAAAGGGAAAAACUGGAGCGGAUGCGUGUUGUUUGACCUGACGGCUGAUCCGGUCCUGGUUCGUCACUGAGGUCAGCUGCUGCCUCCUGAGAGGCGGACUGGGAGCAGCGCCGAGAAUAAAGCGGGAUUAAAGUUAUCUGCUGGUUUGGAGGGAAAAACGGAGACCUACCGAGACAGAGGCCAGCUUUAGUUAUUUAAAAACAUUCAACAAGGUUUACCAAAGGAAAUGGGCAAAGGAGUUCCGGUCACCUUCUAAGAUGUUUCCUCACCACAGAGAAAGGGAGCAGCCGAUAUUCAGCACUCGCGCCCAUGUUUUCCAGAUCGAUCCCACCACCAAGAGGAACUGGAUACCUGCGAGCAAGCACGCCGUCACUGUGUCCUUCUUCUAUGAUGCCAACCGCAAUGUCUACCGUAUCAUUAGUGUGGGUGGAACCAAAGCAAUUAUCAACUGCACCGUUACACCAAGCAUGACAUUCACCAAGACAUCUCAGAAGUUUGGUCAGUGGGCUGACAGCAGAGCAAACACCGUCUAUGGACUGGGUUUCGCUACCGAACAGCAGCUGCAUCAGUUUUCAGAGAAGUUCAAAGAGGUUAAAGAUGCUGCUCGUUUGGCUCGGGAGAAAUCUCAGGACAAAGAACUAGCCAACACUGCACUAACAAUCGCUGCUCCUCAGUUCUCGCAGGACCUCUCGGAUGAACUCCAGUCUCCGCCAGUGAUGUGCGUGAAUGGACCAGAGGACAAGCUGUUCCGCAGCCAGAGUGCAGAUAUCACCCUGGCCUCUGAGAAGGAGAGGAUUAAGAAGAUGCUUUCAGAAGGAUCUAUUUGUGAGCUCAAUCUGGAGGCUGAGCUUUUCACUCUACAGGACAGCAACUCCAAGUUGGUGGCAGCUUUGCAUGAGGCUAAUGCUAAUGUGGAGCAAUGGAAGAAACAGCUGGCGGCGUAUCAAGCGGAGACUGAAAGGCUUAGAGAACAGGUAAACGAAAUGGAGAUGAGGAGCUCAGAGUUGGAGCGUCGAAUCCAAAACGCAGAGCAGAACCUCAAUAACUCCCUGGAAGAUCGGGAUCGUAUCGAUACUGAGAUCCAGAGGGCUAUAGAAAUUCUUGACAUUAAGAUCUUUGACCUUAAUGACCUUCGACAGAGUCUUGUUAAACUUCUUGACAAAUGAGCGAGACAGUUCAUGUCACAGAACUGGCCGAGACAGAAGGAGCACUUUUUCCAUGGUCAGAGCUACAAGCAAUCUUAAAAAGGAUGAAAUAGAUUUCUGUGCACAUGGAUCGUUGUGCAGGAAAGCGGGUUGCUCCAUAUUUAACCGGUAGCCGUCUUCUAUUACUCUACAUAAUUUACAGAAGAUACAGAUCUAAGAAACAACAUAGUUUCCAUAAUAAAUCACUUCUAACAUAAUUAACUGCAAUAAUCCAACUUUAAAUAAGUAUUUUGCCAUCGUAGACUUUGGAAAUGGUGCUUUUCUUUUCUUUGACUUUUACCAGAAUGAAAAAUAUGCAUUGUUGCUCAUCUUAACAAUUUGAGACUAAAGAAAAAGGAGGAAAAAAAUGCUGAGUAUAAACUUUAUAAGAUUUCUUAAAUAACACACACUAAAUAUUCUUGCAGUUUGUUGAAUAUUUCCAUCAUAUGAUGUUUGAUACUGGCAACACAACUGCACUGUAGUUAAAGUUGCCAAAAUAAAUGAUAAACUGUUUUAAACACUAAAGAAAAAAAGAGACUAGAAUAAUUUGAUAGAACGGAAAAUGAAAGAUCUGAAUUUUGACGCCAAAGAUCACAUGUUGAAUGCAGAAUAAGUUAAGACAUUUUAAUAGUUUAUUUAUAAUAGCUUCUUUGCUUAGAUUAUAAUGAAACUUUAAGCCAGGGUUACUCAAAAUAAUAUAUUGAUAUACAGCUAAAGCAAAUAAAUUUAAGAUAAAUAUUUCCAAAAUAAUUUAGUUUAAAGCUCUGAACAUAAAGAUGAUAGUGAUAGUUUGACAUAAUCUGCUGUGCUUUAUCUUGCAACAAUCUAUUCUAACCUUUAGGUUAAGGCUUAACAUUUUAAUGAGCAUAUCACAUUUAAGAGAGUUGGUCUUUUUUGCCUUCAGUGUUUCAUUAAAUGUUUUUAAUCUCUGUUUUUUUUUUUUCACUUUGAUUUUUGUGCAGUGAUCCAACAGCUUUGGUGCACUGUAUGAGUUUCUCUGAUGUUCUUUAUUACUUGCAGAAACUUUAACUCAUGUUGUAUUAUUUGAAAUAAUCUUGUUUGCAUGAUUUUUUCUUCUUCAAGCCUUAAUAACAACCUUUAAGAAUGCUAGUUAGGAGAUUUGACAGCUUUGUCUUAAACUCUGACUUAUCAGGGUGGAAAUAAAGGCUAA